AUGAAAGCUCAUAGGAGGGAGGGAGAGAGAGAUCCCUGAAUGAGGAUCUUCCUGGGAUUAGACAGAGAGGUCCCGUGAAGUGCAAAGACACAGAAAUCAGGGUUUUAUUUCUCUCUCUUCGGCUACUGUAGCGAGUCAGUAAAAGCAAAAAAAAACAAACAAACAAAAAAACCAAACAAAAUAAAACAAAUCAGCAACUAGUCUGGCUGUUUUUCUGCUGGAGCUGACUGUGGGCAGAAAGAAGGAGGUGCGCUCCGGUGCGCUCCAGACGCACAGCAUGGAGGAGGUGGAGAGGAGCUGAGCGCACAGACAGGACGCCUCUCCGGGAUGUGAACUGAAGUUGUGGUAGAAUGGCCACCCAUGUGGCGACAACAGCCGAGGGAUGGGAGCUUUUUACCACCACUACUUCAACCAGCAACACCACCACCCUCCAACCACCGACCUCCGCCGGCUUUUCCACCGACUCACCAUCGCCUCCUCUCUGAGCAUCCUCUGCUUCUCCUUGGUCUACCUCCUCACCGGAGGCUGCGAGUCGGAGCUCACGGAGAACUCUGACAUCAAGCCGUCUGCGCGGGACUUCGUGGUGAGGGGGUCGGGAUGGGCGCAGGAGGGGAACGGAACCGAUGCUCUGGGCAGCAGCCACCCGGCGCUGGAGGGCAACAGCUCGGGGAAAGAGUGGACAGCCGCGCGGAGGCUGCCCCAGGCUCUUAUCAUCGGGGUUAAGAAAGGGGGCACCAGGGCUCUGCUGGAGUUCCUGCGGCUCCACCCGGACAUCCGCGCCCUGGGGUCCGAGCCGCACUUCUUUGAUCGGCAUUACGCACGGGGACUGGAUUGGUACAGGAGUAUGAUGCCCAAAGCCCUUGACGGACAAAUAGUGAUUGAGAAGACGCCGCGGUAUUUUGUCACAGUGGACACACCAGCACGGGUCCAUGCCAUGUCUCAGGAUGUGAAGCUGAUCGUGGUUGUUCGUGAUCCUGUGACACGAGCCAUAUCGGAUUAUACGCAGAUCAUCUCCAAGACGCCUGACAUCCCACCCUUUGAGAGUCUGGCCUUCAAGAACCGCACCACAGGUCAGAUUGACUCUCUGUGGAGCCCGUUGUGGAUCGGCCUCUAUGCCCAGCACAUGGAGCGUUGGCUGGCAUGGUUCCCCAGAAGUCAGAUCCAUCUGGUCAGCGGGGAGAGGCUCAUCUCUGACCCGGCUGGAGAACUGGGGAAAGUCCAGGACUUUCUGGGUCUUCAGAGGAUAGUCACAGACAAACACUUCUAUUUCAACAAAACUAAAGGAUUUCCUUGCUUAAAGAAACCAGAGGGCAGCAGUAAACCCCACUGUCUGGGAAAGACAAAAGGGAGGACACAUGUCUCCAUAGACCCAGAGGUGAUUCAGAAACUGAGGGAUUUCUACAAGCCUCAUAACCAGCGCUUCUACCAGCUUGCAGGGCAAAACUUUGGAUGGCACUGAUCCUCUACCUGCAUGAAGUUAGACGCCUCAGUUGGCACUGCUUUAGUGCAAAUCUUCUGUCUGACUGAGACAGAUGAAACGACUCAGUGCGCUAAACACAGUCAAUAAUGUCUCCAGCCAAGGAGAAUCUCCAUAGACCUCUUUCUGAAAUCUUAGUGUCAAUACAUUCUGUCUGCAUCAGCCAUUCAUCUUGACAUGUCAGAAAUACCGCUUUGUGCUUCUGCGAAAGAUGCAUUCAGACUGUGGUUGGUAUAGGGUGUGGUUUUAUGAUGAUUGGUAUAAACAAAAAAGCUUUCAGUGUCUGACUUACAAGCUGUUAUAGUUGUACAAAGAUGCUAAAACUCAGUGUCUGUGCAAUUUUUCUUCUAUACAUUUCAGACUUUUCACAGCUCAAUGUUUUUCUGUAGAUUUUACAACAUAUUGCUUAUUGAUUUCAUUGAUAAUCAACAUAUAGAUUAAAAUUUUAAACAUGAUAAGCUAUGUGAAUCUAUAAAUCCGUGCCAGGGCUCUAAAAUCACUAUAAUAUCUUUUAGUUUCAACAUUUUAUGACUGCUUUGAGUGUUUGAUUGUAUUUUCUCUGACUCUUUUUAUGUAUGAUGUGGACUUUCUGUCCAGGCCCCUCUUGCUAAUGAGAUCUAGAUGGCAGUAAAGUUUGGUUUUGGUAAAAUAAAGGAAAAGUGAUGAAUUAA